AUGCCGAUCCGAAACCCCUUUGCUCGGCGCCCCGGCGUUUUGGCCACGGCCAACGACAGCAUCAUCACCGAGCAAGAGCGCAGCGUUUCCGGCUUCGAGCGAGUCGACACCGUGGGCUCCAAGGCGUCGUCAGUCCUCAGCAUCCGCAGCGCCAGAAGUCAGGAUACCGGCGAAUAUAAGAUGAGCGUCGUCAAUGACAGUGGCGUCUAUCUUCCCCCCUCACCGUCUGAGGAAAAGGGCUAUUGGCCACGCCGCCAUCUCUCGUCGCGAGAGUCUUCGGACAGCUCAGGCGAGAUUGAGCAGUUUUCCAUUUCUCGAGAAUCCUUUGAUUCGUACCGACGCUCGUUUGACAUCUCGGCUCGAUCUCCCAUCGCUGCGUACGACGUUCCCGCCCGCCAAAGCCUCGACUCGGCCCGUUUCGCGCGAAUGCCUAGGUCGGCAAUCAACCGUAACAUGGAGCAGCUGCCCACCGCCGACGAGAACUUUGAAGAAGUCGGACUCGACGACCAGAAGCAGCCGCCUCGCAAACGGGGCUUCUUCUCCAAGCUGACAGAGACCCAAGAGAAGGACGCCUCUUCGCCCCAGACCGGAGUCUCGAGGUUCCUUAUGCCUGGGAGAAAGAGGGCCCAAAGCGGCCAGGGGUCUGAGCUGGGCACGAUUGAGCCGACGGCGGUGGCCUCGGCAGACUGA